AUGGAUCAGACAAGGAGUUGCUCGGUGCAGCAAAUGAUAUUUACUUACGUAGUUAUAUAUUUUUUUCAAUAUUUAAUCAUGUCAUAUACUAAACGGUGUUUAUGUUCUCAGGGCGGUUGGAAGGCAGUAUGUGCCUGCCGUAUUUUACAAGGCCUAGCCCAAGCUGGUGUGUACCCAAGUAUUCAGAACCUCCUGGCCAACUGGGUCCCAGUGAAUGAACGUGGAACCCUCACCAGCUAUGUGUACACAGGGUCCACACUUGGCACUGUCAUAGCGUUCCAGAUGGCAGGCUACUUGGCUGACUCCAGAUGGGGAUGGCCGACCACCUUCUGGGCAGUCGGUGCAAUAUGCAUGGGACUGUUCACUGUGCUGACAAUAUUCGGUGCAGCAUCACCACCACGGCAUAAAACUAUUAGUGAAGAAGAAAAGACUUAUAUUAUGGGGCGUGUUGAUGAUGGGACAGUCAAGAAAUUAAGUAUACCGUGGAAGGCGAUUUUAACAUCAAAACACGUGUGGGGUAUCUUGGCGACACACGUGGGGAGCGGAGUCAGCUUCGUGUUCUUCUUCACACAAGUCCCCUCUUACAUCCACUAUAUCCUCGGCAUUAAUGUUAAAAGUAGUGGUAUCCUGUCAUCAUUACCGUACGUCGUCAGUUUCUUCACGAGCCUCUCAUUCGGAAUACUCUCCGACUACUUGACCAACAACAAAUAUCUACAAGUAAAGAAUGCUAGAAGACUGUUCAAUAGUAUCUCUCAAGUAGGAGUUGCUGUGGCACUUGUAUGUGUCACAUUCACCACAAGCACGGUGGUGGCAGUGUUGUGUUUGGUGACAUCCAUGGGGUGCCACAUGGCGAUGCAUGUCGGGUGGAUGGUUAACCAUAUUGACUUGGCUCCAAACUUCAGCGGUACUCUCAUGACUAUCGGCAACACUGUGAUGAACAUCUUCAACGUGUUGCUGCCCGUACUUAUAUCCAACGUCGUCACAGAUGUUCACAAUCAGACGCAGUGGCGAAUUAUCUUCUUCAUAAUAGCGUCUUCAGGUUUCGUAGCAAACGCCAUCUAUGUGUUAACCACAUCAGCAGAGACACAAACGUGGAACGACAGUGAACAAAGUGAUGCACACCUGGAAGGAACAGAAACUAAAAAUGAAAAACAGAAGAUAGCAAGCUCAUGA